CACUAGUAAAAGGUGGAAUAAAAUAAAUAAUUUACUCAAAUUUUACGGUAUGCUUAAGAAAUUAUUGUUAACCUAUUAACAAUAAAAAUUGGGUAGAUUAACAAACUCGUUUUAAUUUAUUGCAAGGAAACUAAUUAUUUAGGAUUUUAGGAAGAAAUCAUAUUUCAUUUUCGAAAAUAAUGUUUUUAAAGGCAUGGCGUCGUCAUUAGUACCUGAUUAUGAUAGCGCUAGUUCAGAAAGCGAAAAUGAACAUAUUAGAGAAUCGAGCUCAAAAGGAACAGAUGACAAAGAAACAGUGGAAGAAGAAGAUAAAAUGGAAAAGGACAAAUUACCCAAACCAGUGUUUGAUGACCAAAUCAACAGUACAGUGUUACAUCCCUCAGGAUCAUCAUCAGGUUCUGUAUUUGCUAAUCCAUUUCGAGCAGCUGAAAUUAUUCAAAACUCCCUUCUUGAAAAGCAUGUUAAGAUGACAACUCCCACAAACCAAAUGACAGUCCUAAAUGGCCGGCAGAUAUGCUGGAAUUAUCGGAAAGGUCGAUGUCGUUUUGGCCACAAGUGCAAGUUUGCUCAUGACAGUGACAUCCCUACAAGCAACAGGCCUGAGGUCACUACAGCUCAAGAACAAGGAGAUUAUACACUUCAAGAUAGUUUGGAUGAAGCUGGUUCUAAGAGUGACGUGGGAAAAAAGAAAAAACGGCCAGGACUUUCUCAAGGAAUUUUACCCUCUAAGAAAAUCAUUAAAAGUUAUUACAAACAAAAAAACUUAGACAAAUCACAGACAGAAAUUCUUAGUCAAAACAAAUAGUAUGAAAACCACCAAUAUAUGUUAAAACUGAGAACAAUUGAAAUUAUAUAUGAAUGUAUAUGAUUUUUUAUAUUAUCAUUCUUCAUCCAAGUGGUUAAGUUUGCUUUGUUCUCUUGUCCUGAGUUAUUUUAGGGUAAGAAGUGGAAUUAAUGGUAUAAGUUACAGUUGACAUACUUAAUGUGAUAUAUUAACAAAAAAACAAGUUCCAGAGGCACAAGAGAAGAGCAAGAACGUUUGCUGUUUUACAAUAAUUUCUGUGUUCAUCAGUAUCUGUUGUUAAGACAUCCUAAAGUGUAUUCAAAUGUAGCAUUUCACAGAAAAGUGUACUGUAUCAUUUUCCUGUUUAUUGUGCUGACAUUUAUUUAGAAAAUAAGUAACAUAAAGUAGACAAAAAAACAUAUAGAGAAAAUUAACAGAUUGUUUUGUUUGUGGAAAUUAAGGACUUAGGAUGAUGUGUUGCUCCCCAGACUAAACCUGUAGUAGCUCAGCUAUACAAAAUAAUAACUAGGGUAAUAUGUUGCCUCCUGAUGGACUAAACCUGAAAUUGCUUUUUUUUUAAUUUUAUUUGUAGGAGGUGUUUAGUCUUAAAAGGAAAGAAAUUUUCAUCAACUGGAGUGUUCAGGGAUAGUAGUAUCCCCCUUUACCCCACUCGCAAAACAUUUUUAUGAAACCAGCAUUAAAAGUAUGCAAAAUCGAAAUAUAUAUAUAUUUAUGUAUACAUACAUACACAUAUAUUUCUUUUUGGUUUACUUGCCUAAAUGAUUACGAUAAACAUUGGAGGACCAUUGAUAUGAUUGUAGAGGUUAUGACAGAUGCCUAGAAAUGGGGAGAAGAAUGAUUAGUGAAAAUGCAUGUGGAUGUAAAUAGAUCUUGCUAAGUUAAUGAGGAUUAUGAAACUAAAACUUGAAAAUCUUGUUCGCUUGUGUCAUAGUCUGGUGGGUAGAAGUCUGUGGAGUUAGAACAUUGUUCUUCAGUAUGAAGGAAGGCGGAAGCAUAUGUUCAUUGUGCUGACUGGCACAGUCUUGAAGCUGUUUCUGGUAUCUGGAUCAUUGGUGGGUCAGUCUGAAUAGUUUUCUUAUUUUUUUCAGCUGGAAAUGUGUCUUUUGGUUCUUUUUUCUUGGGGGUUUCUGUUAUAUUUUUUAUUUUUGAGACUUCAACUGGUUCUGUUUGAGUUUCUUGGUCAUGGACUGGUGUGGUUUCUUCAAUUGUUAUUUGGAUGUUCUGGUUUAUCAUGACUGGCUGGCUGGUUUUAUUGGUAUGCUUGUACUUGGUCUUGGUGUUUGAGAGAGUAUUGAUUGGUGGAUUGCCUGCUUGCUGGUGUGUUGGAAGAGAAGUGGUCUUGUGCUGUUCGUCUGUAGAGUCUUUUGGAUCUGAAAUGUAAAAAAUAGAAAAAAUAUCCAUGAGUUAGAAUAUGAUCUGCAGUUUUCUUGGAAGAGGUGGUUACUUUCAGGAAAUUUGCUAGCUGGCCUGAUUUUCUGGAUUGGAUCCUGUGUACUGCUUUAAUUUUGGAUUUUGUUGAGUCUUCUAGGGCUUGGUGGGUGUCCUCAGUUGCGAUUGAAGUAUCCACGCUCCUAAGGAAAAUAGAGUAAAGUUUGGUAUUGCUUUUUGGUCCUUGGCAUAUCACUGGAGGAACUGAGUUCCAUGGUGAACAGAGGUAAUAUAAGUCAUUGAUUGAAAGGGAUUGAAAAAUAAUCCCUCCCCUAUGUAUUAGUCUUGUCUUGGAAGUUUUGAUGGAUGUAUUUGCUUUAUUCUGUAGAAUAAAUUCAAAUGACUGUUGAAGGAUAAAGUUCUAGGGUAGUUUUUUGGAAUUUUCGGCUGCAAAUUUGUAAUGGUGCAGGGCGAUGUAGUAUUGAACCCAGCGUGGUUUGUGAAACUGCGAUCUCUGGAGUGGUAGCAUUUUGUGAUCUUCUCCUGAAUGGAUGCCUGAAGUAGCUCAGCUGUAAAAAAUAAGGACUAGGAUGAUAUGUUGACUCUGCAUGGACUAAACCCACAGAAGCUCAGUUGUAAAAGUAAGAACCAAGGUGACAUUUUCUACCCCUCCAUCCAGCAGAAAACCAUGCUAGGUCAGUAGUAGUGGAAUGUACAGAGACCAGGUUGAUAUGUUAUUUCUCACACUCCACACUAAAGAUCUAGUAGCUUGGCAGUUGUGGAAACUAAGGACCAGUGUGACAUGUUGUUCCACCCUCUGGACUUUAAGCCCUGUUAUCUAGGUUAGUAAAACACACCUUUGUUCUAGACCAUAACCAAUAUUAGUUUCAUAGCUUUAAGAUCUUCUAAAGAUUCAGGCUAUCCUACAUCUGAAUAAAAUUUUUGUGCUGUUAACAAAACUAUUUCUCAAAUAUUCUAUUACUUACAUAAAAUUUUCCCAAGCUGCAGUCUUAAUAUGGAAAGGUUAUUGUGAAUCAGAAAAUAUAUGUAACAAACCAGGUAUUUCACAAUAAAGUUAUUAUAAUAUGGUAA